AUGGAGCAGAGGAGAACCUGGAGCAGAGGAGGACAUGGAGCAGAGGAGGACAUGGAGCAGAGGAGGACAUGGAGCAGAGGACAUGGAGCAGAGGACAUGGAGCAGAGGACAUGGAGCAGAGGAGGACAUGGAGCAGAGGACAUGGAGCAGAGGAGGACAUGGAGCAGAGGACAUGGAGCAGAAGAGGACGUGGAGCAGAGGAGGACAUGGAGCAGAGGAGGACAUGGAGCAGAGGACAUGGAGCAGAGGACAUGGAGCAGAGGACAUGGAGCAGAGGAGGACAUGGAGCAGAGGAGGACACAGAGCAGAGGAUGA